ACUCUGAGGAAUGUGUUAACAAGUCCAACAUUGCUGUUUGAGCAGGGGGUGACACAGGGUGAGAGGUGAAGAAAGAGAGAGGAAGGUUAGGACACAAGCAGGGGUCUGUCUAAUCUGGCCCUCCUCCUCUCUAUCCCCCAUCCUGUUUACCUGCCUGAACAGUUUGAAAGGAGUUCUGUGUGUGCUCAUGGAUGAGGUAGGGGGGUAGGGAGAGUAGAAAAAGGGGACUGCCAUCGCCACACCUCUGUCCUGGGGACGGCACACAGACAAAAGGGAACAAGACUCCCACAAGACUCCCACCAUUAGAUCAACACAUACAGUACAGACAUGCCUUGCAAACUCUGGCUUGUUCUUUCAGUGUGGCUUUUGCUACCAACCUCUGAAGCUGGACGACAGAUGCCUAAACUUUCUGACAAGAAACUCUGCGCUGACUCCGAAUGCAGCAAUCCUAUCCUGAUAGCUCGUGCACUGCAGGAUUACUACCCUGGAGACUGCAGGUUCAUCCCCAUCAGACAGGGGCAGCUCAUCUAUGUCUAUGCAAUGUUAAAGGACAGAGGGAAUCUCUUCUGGGCUGGCAGUGUACAAGACUCCUAUUACGGACAGCAGGAGGCUCGUAUUGGCCACUUCCCCAGCAGUGUAGUGGAGGAAACGCAUCCUCUCAUGCCAGCCAGCACUGAAGUCAAGACUACUAAAUGGGACUUCUACUGUUACUGAUAACGAGAAUCAAAUUCUGGUCAACUACAUUACAUGAUAACUUCUUUUUUUGUAUCAUAUGAUCUUACACAUAGUGGUGACAAUGUAGGUUUGCAUGUCCACAUUGUUUAUAAUCUGCAUCUUGGAAGAUAAGUAACAGCUCUACACAGCAUAAAAUGAUUCUAGAUUAUAAUCAUAUAAGGUUAUAUCUCUAUAUUUGACUUAUUGUGUCAGUUCUAGUCUCUGUAAUACUCCAUCAAACUGUUUAUAUCUGUUUUGCAUGUAAAAGUAUUUGUAAAAGUGCAAAAGGUAAAUAAUGCAUGUGCAUGUCUUUCCCUGAUUCUAUUAUUCAACUACUUCUUUUUCUUGGUGAUUGUGUGUCACCAGAUAAAUAUGUAAUGUUCAACAAGCAAUGUCAGCUGAUCUUUAUUUUUAUUUUGGAUUAAUAGAAAACAUCAAAUGUGUAAUUAAACUCAAAAGUACUAAAACAACACAUUGAAAUUAAAACAUUACAAUACAGGUGACUUUUGCAGUCUGAUGCAAUAAUAAUACUACAAAUCAUCUAAUCUUGUACUUUUUCUGAAGAUGGACAAGGUAUUCUGUCCCUAGUAUUAUUUUGAGAAAUUAGAAUAAAAGGAAUCAGAUAUAUUUCCAAUGCACAGGCAAGAAAAUUUGGUAGAAUGGAAGUAAGAGUGUUAAAGUUGAAACCAUUUGAUAAUAGGAUAAUAAAGACAUUUCAUUGUUGAAAAUAACAUAUUUUCAUUCCUUUAGAAAUCUGCAAUCUCACACACUUCUCAAUUUUUCACAAAAUGAUUAUUAUGAAAACUAUGUAAGUCCAGACCUGACAAAAGCAAAUAAAAACCUCUACGCAUAA